AUGGAGCCGGCUCACCCAGAGGAGAGACCGCUGAAGAAGCGCCGUUUCUUCGCCGAAGAGUCGUCUCCUCCGCAGGUCCUGUCAAUUCGCCACGACUCUCCUCCAUCAGUCGCGUCGCCGGAGCCAUCGAUCGGGAGUGCGGCCAGCCCUGUUUGUAUAGCCGAUAUUGCUGGACAGCACCAUGGAGGAGAUUUUGGCGACUUUGAUGUUGGAACCCUCCAGGCCAUUGUGGGCGAGCUGCCGCUUUCAACGCUGCAGAAACUGAAGGAUGUGAGCGACGGCGACUCGGCUUGUUAUACUUACGUUCCUCCAGCAAUCAAUCUCUACCUCGAUGGCUCGUGGAACACAGCGCCGCGUCCCGUAACCACCGUCUUUCCGCAGUCCCGUCCGUUGCCCUUGCAGACACCCCUCGCGAACAAACUGAAGCGGACCGACUCUGAAAUGUCCAAUGCGUCCACCCCUGAUUCCGGCGCAUCGACGCCCAUGACGCCCGUCCUCAAGACGAUGCCAUCUAGGCGCUACAUUGGCUCGUUUGGAGUAGUCGCAUGGUCUACAAAGAACGGUACGGGACUGCUGAGGCAUGAAGAGAAGGUCGGCAUCGAGCGCACCAAGAUGCAGCCAAAGCAAGGCAAAGGCAACAAACGUGUUGUGAGCCUGAAGAAGCAGGACGCCGUGGUGCGGUUUACCAAUGAUAGAGGAGCCGAGGUGGGCCGAUUAGAGAACGAAUCCGCGGCCUGGGUAUCAACUCUCAUCGACCAGAAGAUGUGCUCGUUCGAAGGGAAGGUUGUAUAUGCUCCGGACAGGCUCAAGACCGGCGAAACAGUCUACCUACAACUCCGCGGCUAUUUCCUUCGCAGCGCGUUUGACAAGCGGAAGUUUGCCAAGCCAGACAACAACCGUGAGGUCAGUUUGUUUGAGGAGAAGGAAAGCUCCGACGAGCGCGAUCUCCGGCUACGUCAAGUUGCUCUGGUGAAGCUUUUCGAGGCCAUCAAUUUGCAGCCGACACGGGAGAACGAAACUACUGAGAAGCACAAGCGGCAAGGCCUACUGCAAGCCGCGGAGACCACCGAGAAGAAUGAACAGAAACCCAAGUCUGGGAAUGGGACACCUGCCGAGCCCGGGUCAUCGCCGCCUUCGGAUGAAGCAGAAGAAGGCGAGGAGCUCGAACAGGACCAACUGGAUUCGCUGUACAAGAAGGCUCAGUCGUUCGAUUUCGACACUCCAGCGAUGCAGCCUGCAGAAACAUUCGCCAUGGAUCUUCGCAAAUACCAAAAGCAGGCUUUACAUUGGAUGGUUGGCAAGGAGAAGGACGAGGCCCUCACGGGCAGGGAAGAGUCGAUGCAUCCAUUGUGGGAGGAAUAUGAGUGGCCAAAACAGGAUGCUGAUAGUAUGCCUGUGCCCAUUAUCGAAGACCAGCCCAUGUUUUAUGUUAACCCGUAUUCCGGUGAGCUGUCGCUUGAAUUCCCUAAACAGGAGCAGAACUGCUUGGGUGGCAUUCUUGCUGACGAAAUGGGUCUCGGCAAGACUAUUGAAAUGCUGAGCUUGAUGCACACUCACCGAAACGAGGUUUUCAAAGAUGAAUCAUCAGCCACCAUGAGAAACCUCCCGAGACUGUUGAAGAAUAGUGCGGUUGUUGAGCCUGCUCCAUAUACCACAUUAGUGGUGGCGCCGAUGUCGCUGUUAGCACAAUGGCAGAGUGAGGCGGAAAAGGCUUCCAAAGAAGGUACCCUGAAGGUCAUGGUAUACUACGGUGCUGAGAAGGCCGUCAACCUACAGAAACUUUGCUGCGCAGCAAACGGCUCGAAUGCGCCGAACCUUAUCAUCACGAGCUACGGCACUGUGCUCUCAGAGUAUACUCAGGUUGCAAAGCAGGAUGGCAACCGAGGCUCUCACGGUGGUAUCUUCUCUAUCGAGUACUUCCGAAUCAUCCUAGACGAGGCGCAUUACAUCAAGAAUAGGCAGUCGAAGACCGCGAAAGCGUGCUACGAACUGAGCGCGAAGCAUCGAUGGACCCUUACUGGCACGCCUAUUGUCAAUCGGCUGGAGGAUCUCUUCAGCUUGGUUCGAUUCCUGAAGGUCGAGCCCUGGAGUAACUUCUCCUUCUGGAAGACCUUCAUCACUGUUCCUUUUGAGUCUGGAGAUUUCAUACGAGCCUUGGAUGUCGUACAGACGGUCCUUGAACCAUUGGUGCUUCGCCGAACGAAGGACAUGAAGACUCCAACUGGAGAAGCGCUGGUUCCUCUCCCUCCUCGGACUAUUGAGAUUGACAAGAUCGAGCUUUCCCAGGACGAGCGAGAUGUCUACGACCACAUCUACCUCCGAGCGAAGAGCGUCUUAAGGGAGAACGCCGAGAAGGGGAAUCUCUUGAAGAACUAUACUACCAUCUUCGCACAAAUUUUGCGCCUCCGUCAAUCUUGCUGCCAUCCUGUGCUCACGCGAAAGGCCAACAUCGUCGCCGAUGAAGAAGAUGCUGCGCUGGCAUCCGACCUUACGAGUGGACUCGCGGAUGACAUGGACCUUGCAAGUCUCAUCGAACGCUUUACUGCCGAGGGCGACCAGGACGUCAACAAAUUCGGCGCCCACGUGCUAAAGCAGAUUCAAGACGAGGCCGAAGCGGAAUGCCCGAUAUGCUCCGAAGAACCGAUGAUCGACCAAGCCGUCACCGGCUGCUGGCACUCAGCAUGCAAAGAAUGUCUGCUCAACUACAUAAACCACCAGCGCGACAAGGGUGAACUCCCUCGCUGCUUCAACUGUCGCGAACCCAUCAGUCCCCGCGACAUCUUCGAAGUUGUCCGCCACGAGCACAUCCUCGACGAAGACAACCUCCGCAGCGACUCGCUGGAUUCGCCACCGCCCAUAUCCACGCAAUCUCCCCGCAUCAGUCUCCGUCGCAUCGGCCUCACUGGCUCCGCUAAGACCCAAGCCCUCCUCACCCACCUCAAGCGCAUCCGCCGCGAAUUUCCGGCUAUGAAGUCGGUCGUUUUCUCCCAAUUCACCUCUUUCCUCGACCUGAUAGAGCCCGCACUCAAGCGGGAUCACAUCCCUUUCCUCCGCUUCGACGGCACGAUGGCGCAGAAGCAGCGCGCUACCGUGCUCAAAGAGUUCGCGGACUCUAAGAAACCUUACGUGCUGCUACUCAGUUUGAGAGCUGGCGGAGUGGGCCUGAACUUGACGUGUGCGCAGCGGGUUUUUAUGAUGGAUCCGUGGUGGAGUUUUGCAGUCGAGGCGCAGGCUAUUGAUCGUGUGCAUCGGAUGGGACAGGAAGCUGAGGUUAGAGUAACGCGGUUCGUGGUUGAGGGGAGUAUCGAGGAGAAGAUGUUGCGGAUUCAGGAGAGGAAAAAGUUUAUGUGAGUGUUCCUACCUCUCGCCGCUAAAAUCUCGAGCUAACUUUCCAUUUAGUGCAACGUCCCUCGGAAUGAUGUCCGAUGAGGAGAAGCGCGUCCAGCGCAUCGAGGAUAUUAAGGAGUUGUUGAGCUAAGGAGUGGUAGUAUCGCUUUCGUGUGUAUACUGGGGUAUGGUGGCGGGUGGGAUACGGCGGCAUUCUGGGGUAUGUGUUCAUACUAAACGUACCGAAUAUUCAUCAUGGGUGGCAGGUUCUCGGGUGCAUAGAAACACAUGCAUUUGCAUAGGUCGGCAUAGCAUUGCAUCUAGGCGUUAGGG